AUGGAGCCAAGGCGUCCCAAAAACCGUCUCGGCUUUGAAAUUGCUAUUAUUUGCGCUCUCACGAUCGAAGCGGAUGCUGUCGAGGCCCUGUUUGAUCAGUACUGGGACGAUGAUGGUCCUGACUAUGAGAAAGCGCCGGGCGACCCAAAUGCAUACUCAACUGGAUCUAUCGGUAAACAUAAUGUUGUCCUCGCUCGAAUGCCCGACAUGGGGAAGGUCAGCUCCGCAACGGUGGCUGUGCAUUGCCGUGUUAGUUUUCCCAAUAUCAAGCUCGCUCUUGUCGUCGGUAUAUGUGGUGCGGUACCCUUCAUGCCCAAGAGCAAUGUUGACAUCUACCUUGGAGAUGUGAUUGUGAGCAAAGGGAUUGUUCAAUAUGACCUCGGUCAUCGACUUCCGGGACAGUUCGUUCGCAAAGAUAAAGUCUCGGAAGAUCUCGGUCGACCUAGCGGAGAAAUUCGCUCAUUUCUAGCGAAACGCGAGGGCAUCCGGGGUCGAAAGGGAUUGAGGACCAAAACUAUAAGUUAUCUGAAUAACCUUCGCAACGAACCUGAGCUAGAAGCAGAGUACCCCGGUGUUCAACAUGAUAAGCUAUUCAAAGCUAUGUACCGUCAUGUCAGUGAUGGUAAUAGGUGUGAGGAAUGCGGAUGUAGUGGAGAGCUGGUUGUCCGUGCUCGCCAUUCCCAAGACAUCCCACAGCCGGCGAUACAUUUCGGCUUAAUUGCCUCUGGGGAUGCCGUGAUGAAGUGUGGUGUUGAGCGUGACGAUAUAUCAAAACAAGAGGGUGUCAUUGGUUUCGAGAUGGAAGGUGCCGGGGUUUGGGAUACGUUCCCUUGCAUUGUGAUCAAGGGUGCCUGUGACUAUGCUGACAGCCAUAAGACAAAAGUCUGGCAAAGGUAUGCUGCUGCAACAGCUGCAGCGUGCACCAAGGCUUUAUUAGAAUUCUGGUCACCUUCUAUCAUCGUACCACAUAACGAAAGCAUCGAUCCAGCAAGCCCGACUACAAAAUACAUUAUACCAUACACCAAGAACCCGCAUUUCGUGGGGCGCUCUGAAAUUUUAGAUUGGUUGAGAAGCCAGUUGGAGUCUACACAAGAAACAUCUGGCCUGGUGCAAACAAGAGUAGCACUCUAUGGAUUAGGAGGGACUGGGAAAACACAGAUUGCGCUGGAAUUUGUCCUCCGGCUGCAACAAACGCGUUCAAAUAUCUCCGUACUCUGGGUUCAUGCUAGUAGCGCCCAACGUUUUCGGCAAGCCUUUGCAUCUAUUGCACAGGCAUUUGAGAUUCCAGGCUUUGAAGAUCCAAAGCACGAUUUGUUGCUCCUAGUAAAAAAUUGGCUCAUGGAGAAGACCCAUGGAGAGUGGAUCAUGGUCAUUGAUAAUGCUGAUGACGUAGAGCUAUUCUUCGACCAACCAUCUGAAACCGUGACAGAUACCACCGAGCUAAAUCAUCUUGCACAAUAUUUACCAGAAUGUCCUCACGGCUCUUUGCUUAUCACGACAAGAAACAAGCAAGCUGCUGUGAGGCUGACGAAAGGGCGAGGCUUCUGUGAGGUAUCUCGCAUGAAUGACAUUGAGGCGGUGAAGCUGCUUCGUUCAAGUCUCGACGAUGCAGAAACAGCCAGUGCUGAUUUAGCAGCACUAUCCUCUUACCUGGAACAUCUCCCCUUGGCACUAGCCCAGGCAGCAGCAUAUAUCAAAGAAACUACGAUCACGGUUAAGAGGUACCUCAAGCUACUAGGUGAUAACGACUCCGACAAGAAGAUGAUACACCUCCUCAGCAAGGAUUUCGAGACAGCUGGACGAGACUCUCAGACACCAAAGGCAGUGAUACGAACAUGGAUGCUUUCAUUUCAGCAGAUUGAGAGACAGCACCCAUUGGCUAGUGAAAUUCUCUCUUUCAUGAGCCUGCUGGAUCGGCAAGAUAUUCCCGAAGAGUUCAUCUCAUACUAUGGUGAGAAUGAGAGUGAAAGUGGCACGGCGAAUGAGAUGGAACUUUUAGACGCGAUGGGCCUUCUCAAAGCUUUCUCUUUUGUGACGGAGAACACCGACGGAGGCUUCAAUAUGCACCGUCUUAUACAAUUAGCGACGCGAAAAUGGCUUGCUACCAGGGAUACUAUCGGUCAAUUUAGCAGCAAGGCACUCAAAAUAAUGGCCAAUAUGUACCCAUCCGAAAAUUACGAAGAAAACCGAAGCAAAUGCAUUAGGUACCUUUCACACGCAAACGUGGUGUUGGAGGGGAGCCGGCCAAUGCUGUAUGAUGAAGCUGAAACAAGUAUUCAAUUACUUAAUUCCAUCGCAGAAUUCUACGAUUGUGAGAUCAUGUUGGAGGAUGCAGAGAAAGCUUCUAUCUGCGCGGUAAAAAUAUCCCAGAAGAUAAAUGGAGCUGAUCAUCCAACGACACUUAAGAGCACGUCAAUUCUCAUAUCAAUAUACAACGGGCAAGAGCGAUGGGAAGAAGCCGAGACCCUUGGAAUACAGGUAGUAGAUGAGCAAAAAAGGAAACUAGGUCCCGACCAUCUGGAAACACUUGCCAGCAUGAGUAAUCUUGCAGAUGCAAUAUCAGGCAAUGGCAGACUAGAGGAGGCAGAAAAGCUCAUGGUACAGGUGAUAGAUGCUCAGAAGGUGAAACUGGGAGCCGAUCACCCCGAUAUACUAACUAGCAUGACAUCUCUUGCAUGUCUGUACGCCAAUCACGAGCAGUUGGACAAGGCAGAGAAGAUGGUGGUGCAGGUCCUAGAGACCCAAAAGAACAUACUUGGAACCGAUCAUAUUAGUACAUUAGGAAGCAUGGUCCAGCUUGCAGGAAUAAUUGGAUCCCGUGGACUAAACGAGAAGGCUGUCCAGCUUAGGGGAUCAUUCGGAGCCGGUGGACGAAACGGAGAGGUUGACUGCCUAAUGAAAGAAGCAAUUCAGGGGUUAACGAUAAAACUGGGAGCCGACCACCUGGCUCUAUUCGACCUUAAGGACUAUUAUGCAUUGAUAUGUUCUAAUAUGGGUCGAGUAGAGGAAGCAGAAAAGCUUGCGGCUCAGGUGAUCGAGGCUAAGAAGAAGAAACUGGGAGGAAGUCAUCCGGAUACAUUAAAGAGCAUGGCGGUGCUAGCUCACCUUCUUGACGACAAUCACCAAUGGGAUAAGGCAGAAAAGCUGUUUCGAGAAAUAGUAGAGGCUCAGGAGAUGGGACUAGGAGUUCAUCAUCCAGACACCCUGGAUAAUAAAGGAAUUCUUGCUCUGAGAUUCUUAGAGCAGGGACGGCUAGAUGAAGCAGAGAGGCUGGAGGUACAGGUAAUGGAAGGACGAUUAAAAUACCUUGGAGACGAUCAUCUGGGCACACUGACUAGCAUGGCCAAUCUUGCAUCAAUAUAUGGGGGGCAGGAACGAUGGCAAGAGGCGGAAAAGCUAGAUGCGCAAGUAUUAGCGAUGCGAAAGUUGCAAUUGGGGAUUGACCAUCCAGACACUCUCGUGAGUAUGGGUAACUUGGCUUACGACUGGAGAGGGCAAGGGCGAAACGAGGAAGCCUUGGAAUUGAUGUUAGAGCGCGCCGAAGCGCAACAUCGGAUUAUGGGACCUGAAGAUCCUACCACCAAAGCGCUUAUGACUGUUAUAGAUAUGUGGAAGGCGGAAAAAUAG